AUGCCCGAAAUGGGGGCAAUCGUCCUUUCGCUUGUGCAGAAACUGCACAGACAAGAGAUCAAAGACCCUCUGAUCGAGCAUUUAGCCUAUCAGUCUGUGAUUGAUGCUGCUGGGGGCGAAAAGGAUUUUACCCAACUGGCAAUGAAUGCAAUCGACCCUCGUGUUUUCGCACUCCAGGGGAAAAUAAUCACAGUGAAAAUGCUAGAUAGUAUCGGUGUAUCACAGAUGCAAGAACUCGACCCUUAG